AUGGUUUCUGCCAAGUCAACUAAGCCUGCCUCCACGAAGGCAAAGACUCCGAAGUCUACCACCAGCAAGGCUAACGCUAAGCCUAUUGCGUCUCAUCCCUCGUGGAAAGAAAUGAUAACGGAAUGUAUUGUUAACCACAAAGAAGAGGCACGCUCUGGAGUUUCUCGUGCUACGAUCAAGAAGUAUAUCAGCGAGAAGUACAAGCUUGACAUCGAGGGUGCAAAUGCAUCACAACUCAACCGAGCUCUUACGCACGGUGCUGAGAAGGGCGUCUUUGCGUUCCCGAAGGGUCCGUCUGGCAAAGUGAAGCUUGCCCCGAAGAACAAACCUACUCCCGCCAAUGAGAAUGUACAGCCUGCUCCUGCGAAAGAACCUGCAACCAUCAAGAAGGCUGCAGCGAAGGCUCCGGCCAAAGCACCUACGAAGGCAUCUUCUAAGACAACCGUCAAGUCUUCUGCUAAGGCGGCAGCAGCACCUCUGAAAAAGACGCCCAGGGCUUCUGCUCCUGCGAAGAAGUCUGCGUCAAAGGCAGCCCCUGCUCCUGCGAAGAAGUCAACGAGGCCGGCUCCGACAACUAAGAAGACAAGUAGUGCGAAGGCGGAGAAUAAGAAGGCGGCAGUGAAGGCAGCGGCAACGAAGGCGAAGGCGAAGAGUGCUGCAAAACCGAGGUCAAGAUCGAGGAAGACACCAGUCGUCUAA